CGGGCGUGUCGGGGUAACCGGUGCAUUGCACUGAGAUCGCCGCAUUAACGAGCCUCCCGCGGCAGCCGCGGAUGCCGGAACCAGCGCGGCCGGCAGGGGGCAGCCGUGGGCGGCGGCCGGGUCCCACCUGGGCAGGUGACACUCGCACCUUUCUGAGGAAACGAAACCGAGAGAGCGGGCAGGGGCGGGACCGCCUGACGCCUCCCCAGCCUGCGGACCGAGUGCCGGAGCUUUCGAUCGGAACGGGCCGAGUUCUCCAGGACGCGGCGAAGAACCCGAGGGAGGGGAGAGCACAAGGCAGGUUUGACCACUGAGAACUUCUCUGAAAGAAGAAGAUGGAGUUUGCCAGCAGCCACUUCUAUAUUCGAAGUCCAGCUGACACAAAUCAGGCCAAGCAGUCCGGUGGAGUUGGCCCCUCGGGGUCCCAGGGCAGUGAAGGGAUUGGGCAGGGACUUCCCAUCUACGACGCCGUGGCGACCUGCGGCCCAGCCCCAGAAGGACAACAGCCGGUAACCUCUCCACACUAUGACGAGGUGUACGAACCUUGCCCGCAGAAUCCGCGGGCAUGUGAAGGGGGUGUCAGGGGCGGGGACCCUAUCUACCUCAACAGCAUUUCGGUGCCUGUGGCCACUCCUUCCGCACCUACCUACGACAACAGAUCGGGGCUCAGCCUGCACAACCAGGCAGAAGAACGCAGCAGAGUUGUUGAAAGUGGGAAGGCUUCAGACCCCCAAGCUGGGCAGCAUUUCUCCAACCCACCACCAGUGCCUCCACCCAGACCUUCCCGACACAGGACAGCCCAAGAUGUACCGCCACCCCUCCCGCCCAGGCCUCCCAACAUGAAGAAGGCGGCCGAAUACCUGCAGGUGCUGGAGCCGAGCCCGUGGACCGCCCCAGGAACCAGGCCCCCAGCGUCCGCGCCCCCUCUGCCGGAUAGACUUCCGACUCCCAAAGCCCAGGAGUUAACAGAGAAUACCAACGUGGUGCUGGUGAAUUUGGGAAAACUGGUCGACAUCAAGGAUGUGAAGGGACAGCAGGGAACUCCAGCCUACUGCCAGAACUGCUCGGCAGCCACGUCCUCUUGCAGCAGCCUACAGGAGCACCAUGCCACGAUAUGGAAAUGUGAAUUUUGCAACCAUAGUAACGUCAUGGAUUAUCGGUGUAGCAAAGACACGUGCAGCGAUGACCAGCUGUACAUUCACAUCCCAAACCCAGUGAUCUCCACGGCUGUCGAUGACCCGGUGGUUGUUUUCUGUGUGGACAUCUCUGGCAGUAUGAGUGUGACGUUCGAGCAGACGACUGGAAAGAGCAGCAGCAAAUCCCUCUACAUAUCCAGGUUACAGGCUGUCCAAGAGGCAGUGAACCAGUCACUCGACUAUCUGCUUGAAACGUCACCCAGGACGAGAGUUGCUUUGGUUACUUUCAACAAUGAGGUAACAAUCUAUGGGGACGGGCUGGGCACUCCGCGGACCCUGGAGGACUUUGAGUUAAUCGACCGGGAGUACCUGAAGACAAAGGGGGCCGAGGAGGCCCUGCCACAGUGUAUCUCGGACAGCAGAGAUGCUCUCCGUCGCCGAGUAUCUGUCAUCACUGGGAAUUGCAUCCGCGUCCCGCUGGAAGUGAGGAUGACGGCUGUGGCCGCUAUUAACACGGACGGAUGAGACUGGGGAUUUCCCCACCCGUCACCAUCCACAGGGGAUAACUGCUGUUGCGUAUGAUGUGAUUGGCUUCCGGAAGAGCAAUUCACCGCUCUUGGCUCUCGCCAUUCUGGCUGUCCACCCUCUCUCCAACCCCGUCUGCUCUCCUUAGCCCCUGUGAACUUGCCGUUGUUUCUUCCAUCAUCACUCCACUCCUGACCUUCAGACCAACUCAAACCAAUCCCACCGUCUCCUCUGCAGCAGUCUUCCCUUUAAAACAACACUGACUGUCCCCAGGCAGU